AUGACUCCUGGAGCAGGGGAUGGGGGCCAUGAAGACAGAGGCAUGCUGAUUGAAGAGCAGCUGGAAAGUUUAGAGAUCCAGCUGCAAGACAGGACAAGCAGCUGUCUAGAGCUGGCCUCAAAACUGUCAGCACAGGAGGAAGAAAGUUAUGCUGUGCAGAAGGGGGUGGAGGAGCUCCUGACGGAAGUAGAGUGGCAAAUAGUGAGGGCUGACCUCCUGCAGAAAGAGCUGGAGGAAACCAGGCAGCAAUCAACUGGGACUCCUUCCAGAGGACAACCGCUGGAGGAUGCUAACCUGACUCUGCAGAAGAAGGUGGAGGACCUCCAACAAGAAAUGGAUGUCAAAGUGUUGGUGGCUGACGACCUCCAGAAAGAGCUGGAGGAGGUCAGGAAUCAGCAUUUUGAGAGCACCAACAAGGACUGGAUGCUCAUUGAGAGGCUGACUGAAGAGAAUGACUCCCUGGAGCAGGGAGGGGCCAUGAAGACAGAGGCCAUGCUGAUUGAAGAGCAGCUGGAAAGUUUAGAGAUCCAGCUGCAAGACAGGACAAGCAGCUGUCUAGAGCUGGCCUCAAAACUAUCCCAGAGUAGUAAAGAUUCAUCGAAGAACGGUGCUGAGGAGAAGGAGCAGAAGGAGAUGGAGGUGCUCCGAAAGGAAGUGGAGCGCCAAACGUUAAGGGCUGACGGCCUCCAGAAAGAGCUGGAGGAAGUCAGGAAUGAGCUUUUGAGAACAAGCAACAAGAACCAACAAAGAGUUGAGAGCCUGACUACAGAGAACAAGACUCUGGAGCAGGCGAUGAAGACCUUAGAGGAAGAGAUCUUCAGCCUGGACAUGCUAAACUCAAAGCAGCUGGAGUCUUUGAAGAUCCAGCUGCAAGACAAAACCAACAGCUGUCUUGAUCUAUCCAACAAACUUGUGUUGCAGGAGGAUGCUAACCUGACUCUGCAGAAGAAGGUGGAGGACCUCCGACAAGAAAUGGAUGUCAAAGUGUUGGUGGCUGACGACCUCCAGAAAGAGCUGGAGGAGGUCAGGAAUCAGCAUUUUGAGAGCACCAACAAGGACUGGAUGCUCAUUGAGAGGCUGACUGAAGAGAAUGACUCCCUGGAGCAGGAGGAUGCUAACCUGACUCUGCAGAAGAAGGUGGAGGACCUCCACAAGAAAUGGAUGUCAAAGUGUUGGUGGCUGACGACCUCCAGAAAGAGCUGGAGGAGAUCCCAGAGUAGUAAAGAUUCAUCGAAGAACGGUGCUGAGGAGAAGGAGCAGAAGGAGAUGGAGGUGCUCCGAAAGGAAGUGGAGCGCCAAACGUUAAGGGCUGACGGCCUCCAGAAAGAGCUGGAGGAAGUCAGGAAUGAGCUUUUGAGAACAAGCAACAAGAACCAACAAAGAGUUGAGAGCCUGACUACAGAGAACAAGACUCUGGAGCAGGCGAUGAAGACCUUAGAGGAAGAGAUCUUCAGCCUGGACAUGCAAAACUCAAAGCAGCUGGAGUCUUUGAAGAUCCAGCUGCGAGACAAAACCAACAGCUGUCUUGAUCUGUCCAACAAACUUAUGUUGCAGGAGGAUGCUAACCUGACUCUGCAGAAGAAGGUGGAGGACCUCCAACAAGAAAUGGAUGUCAAAGUGUUGGUGGCUGACGACCUCCAGAAAGAGCUGGAGGAGGUCAGGAAUCAGCAUUUUGAGAGCACCAACAAGGACUGGAUGCUCAUUGAGAGGCUGACUGAAGAGAAUGACUCCCUGGAGCAGGGAUGGGGCCAUGAAGACAGAGUCAUGGUGAACUACAGAUCCCAGAGUAGUAAAGAUUCAUCGAAGAACGGUGCUGAGGAGAAGGAGCAGAAGGAGAUGGAGGUGCUCCGAAAGGAAGUGGAGCGCCAAACGUUAAGGGCUGACGGCCUCCAGAAAGAGCUGGAGGAAGUCAGGAAUGAGCUUUUGAGAACAAGCAACAAGAACCAACAAAGAGUUGAGAGCCUGACUACAGAGAACAAGACUCUGGAGCAGGCGAUGAAGACCUUAGAGGAAGAGAUCUUCAGCCUGGACAUGCUAAACUCAAAGCAGCUGGAGUCUUUGAAGAUCCAGCUGCAAGACAAAACCAACAGCUGUCUUGAUCUAUCCAACAAACUUGUGUUGCAGGAGGAUGCUAACCUGACUCUGCAGAAGAAGGUGGAGGACCUCCGACAAGAAAUGGAUGUCAAAGUGUUGGUGGCUGACGACCUCCAGAAAGAGCUGGAGGAGGUCAGGAAUCAGCAUUUUGAGAGCACCAACAAGGACUGGAUGCUCAUUGAGAGGCUGACUGAAGAGAAUGACUCCCUGGAGCAAGCGAUGAAGACCUUAGAGGAAGAGAUCUUCAGCCUGGACAUGCAAAACUCAAAGCAGCUGGAGUCUUUGAAGAUCCAGCUGCGAGACAAAACCAACAGCUGUCUUGAUCUGUCCAACAAACUUAUGUUGCAGGAGGAUGCUAACCUGACUCUGCAGAAGAAGGUGGAGGACCUCCAACAAGAAAUGGAUGUCAAAGUGUUGGUGGCUGACGACCUCCAGAAAGAGCUGGAGGAGGUCAGGAAUCAGCAUUUUGAGAGCACCAACAAGGACUGGAUGCUCAUUGAGAGGCUGACUGAAGAGAAUGACUCCCUGGAGCAGGCGAUGAAGACCUUAGAGGAAGAGAUCUUCAGCCUGGACAUGCUAAACUCAAAGCAGCUGGAGUCUUUGAAGAUCCAGCUGCAAGACAAAACCAACAGCUGUCUUGAUCUGUCCAACAAACUUAUGUUGCAGGAGGAUGCUAACCUGACUCUGCAGAAGAAGGUGGAGGACCUCCAACAAGAAAUGGAUGUCAAAGUGUUGGUGGCUGACGACCUCCAGAAAGAGCUGGAGGAGGUCAGGAAUCAGCAUUUUGAGAGCACCAACAAGGACUGGAUGCUCAUUGAGAGGCUGACUGAAGAGAAUGACUCCCUGGAGCAGGGGAUGGGGGCCAUGAAGACAGAGGCCAUGCUGAUUGAAGAGCAGCUGGAAAGUUUAGAGAUCCAGCUGCAAGACAGGACAAGCAGCUGUCUAGAGCUGGCCUCAAAACUGUCAGCACAGGAGGAAGAAAGUUAUGCUGUGCAGAAGGGGGUGGAGGAGCUCCUGACGGAAGUGGAGUGGCAAAUAGUGAGGGCUGACCUCCUGCAGAAAGAGCUGGAGGAAACCAGGCAGCAAUCACACUGGGACUCCCUUCCAGAGGACAACCGCCUGGUUAGCAGCACGGAGGAGAUCUCUCCAUGGAGGAAGUUCAAGAAGUUCAUGACUCCAGACCGGUGGCGUGAAUUAAAGCAUCUGAAGAAGCUGGACCAAUCCCAGAGUAGUAAAGAUUCAUCGAAGAACGGUGCUGAGGAGAAGGAGCAGAAGGAGAUGGAGGUGCUCCGAAAGGAAGUGGAGCGCCAAACGUUAAGGGCUGACGGCCUCCAGAAAGAGCUGGAGGAAGUCAGGAAUGAGCUUUUGAGAACAAGCAACAAGAACCAACAAAGAGUUGAGAGCCUGACUGCAGAGAACAAGACUCUGGAGCAGGCGAUGAAGACCUUAGAGGAAGAGAUCUUCAGCCUGGACAUGCUAAACUCAAAGCAGCUGGAGUCUUUGAAGAUCCAGCUGCAAGACAAAACCAACAGCUGUCUUGAUCUGUCCAACAAACUUAUGUUGCAGGAGGAUGCUAACCUGACUCUGCAGAAGAAGGUGGAGGACCUCCAACAAGAAAUGGAUGUCAAAGUGUUGGUGGCUGACGACCUCCAGAAAGAGCUGGAGGAGGUCAGGAAUCAGCAUUUUGAGAGCACCAACAAGGACUGGAUGCUCAUUGAGAGGCUGACUGAAGAGAAUGACUCCCUGGAGCAGGGGAUGGGGGCCAUGAAGACAGAGGCCAUGCUGAUUGAAGAGCAGCUGGAAAGUUUAGAGAUCCAGCUGCAAGACAGGACAAGCAGCUGUCUAGAGCUGGCCUCAAAACUGUCAGCACAGGAGGAAGAAAGUUAUGCUGUGCAGAAGGUGGUGGAGGAGCUCCUGACGGAAGUGGAGUGGCAAAUAGUGAGGGCUGACCUCCUGCAGAAAGAGCUGGAGGAAACCAGACAGCAAUCACACUGGGACUCCCUUCCAGAGGACAACCGCCUGGUUAGCAGCACGGAGGAGAUCUCUCCAUGGAGGAAGUUCAAGAAGUUCAUGACUCCAGACUGGUGGCGUGAAUUAAAGCAUCUGAAGAAGCUGGACCAAUCCCAGAGUAGUAAAGAUUCAUCGAAGAACGGUGCUGAGGAGAAGGAGCAGAAGGAGAUGGAGGUGCUCCGAAAGGAAGUGGAGCGCCAAACGUUAAGGGCUGACGGCCUCCAGAAAGAGCUGGAGGAAGUCAGGAAUGAGCUUUUGAGAACAAGCAACAAGAACCAACAAAGAGUUGAGAGCCUGACUGCAGAGAACAAGACUCUGGAGCAGGCGAUGAAGACCUUAGAGGAAGAGAUCUUCAGCCUGGACAUGCUAAACUCAAAGCAGCUGGAGUCUUUGAAGAUCCAGCUGCAAGACAAAACCAACAGCUGUCUUGAUCUAUCCAACAAACUUGUGUUGCAGGAGGAUGCUAACCUGACUCUGCAGAAGAAGGUGGAGGACCUCCAACAAGAAAUGGAUGUCAAAGUGUUGGUGGCUGACGACCUCCAGAAAGAGCUGGAGGAGGUCAGGAAUCAGCAUUUUGAGAGCACCAACAAGGACUGGAUGCUCAUUGAGAGGCUGACUGAAGAGAAUGACUCCCUGGAGCAGGCGAUGAAGACCUUAGAGGAAGAGAUCUUCAGCCUGGACAUGCUAAACUCAAAGCAGCUGGAGUCUUUGAAGAUCCAGCUGCAAGACAAAACCAACAGCUGUCUUGAUCUGUCCAACAAACUUAUGUUGCAGGAGGAUGCUAACCUGACUCUGCAGAAGAAGGUGGAGGACCUCCAACAAGAAAUGGAUGUCAAAGUGUUGGUGGCUGACGACCUCCAGAAAGAGCUGGAGGAGGUCAGGAAUCAGCAUUUUGAGAGCACCAACAAGGACUGGAUGCUCAUUGAGAGGCUGACUGAAGAGAAUGACUCCCUGGAGCAGGGGAUGGGGGCCAUGAAGACAGAGGCCAUGCUGAUUGAAGAGCAGCUGGAAAGUUUAGAGAUCCAGCUGCAAGACAGGACAAGCAGCUGUCUAGAGCUGGCCUCAAAACUAUCCCAGAGUAGUAAAGAUUCAUCGAAGAACGGUGCUGAGGAGAAGGAGCAGAAGGAGAUGGAGGUGCUCCGAAAGGAAGUGGAGCGCCAAACGUUAAGGGCUGACGGCCUCCAGAAAGAGCUGGAGGAAGUCAGGAAUGAGCUUUUGAGAACAAGCAACAAGAACCAACAAAGAGUUGAGAGCCUGACUACAGAGAACAAGACUCUGGAGCAGGCGAUGAAGACCUUAGAGGAAGAGAUCUUCAGCCUGGACAUGCUAAACUCAAAGCAGCUGGAGUCUUUGAAGAUCCAGCUGCAAGACAAAACCAACAGCUGUCUUGAUCUAUCCAACAAACUUGUGUUGCAGGAGGAUGCUAACCUGACUCUGCAGAAGAAGGUGGAGGACCUCCAACAAGAAAUGGAUGUCAAAGUGUUGGUGGCUGACGACCUCCAGAAAGAGCUGGAGGAGGUCAGGAAUCAGCAUUUUGAGAGCACCAACAAGGACUGGAUGCUCAUUGAGAGGCUGACUGAAGAGAAUGACUCCCUGGAGCAGGCGAUGAAGACCUUAGAGGAAGAGAUCUUCAGCCUGGACAUGCAAAACUCAAAGCAGCUGGAGUCUUUGAAGAUCCAGCUGCGAGACAAAACCAACAGCUGUCUUGAUCUGUCCAACAAACUUAUGUUGCAGGAGGAUGCUAACCUGACUCUGCAGAAGAAGGUGGAGGACCUCCAACAAGAAAUGGAUGUCAAAGUGUUGGUGGCUGACGACCUCCAGAAAGAGCUGGAGGAGGUCAGGAAUCAGCAUUUUGAGAGCACCAACAAGGACUGGAUGCUCAUUGAGAGGCUGACUGAAGAGAAUGACUCCCUGGAGCAGGCGAUGAAGACCUUAGAGGAAGAGAUCUUCAGCCUGGACAUGCUAAACUCAAAGCAGCUGGAGUCUUUGAAGAUCCAGCUGCAAGACAAAACCAACAGCUGUCUUGAUCUGUCCAACAAACUUAUGUUGCAGGAGGAUGCUAACCUGACUCUGCAGAAGAAGGUGGAGGACCUCCAACAAGAAAUGGAUGUCAAAGUGUUGGUGGCUGACGACCUCCAGAAAGAGCUGGAGGAGGUCAGGAAUCAGCAUUUUGAGAGCACCAACAAGGACUGGAUGCUCAUUGAGAGGCUGACUGAAGAGAAUGACUCCCUGGAGCAGGGGAUGGGGGCCAUGAAGACAGAGGCCAUGCUGAUUGAAGAGCAGCUGGAAAGUUUAGAGAUCCAGCUGCAAGACAGGACAAGCAGCUGUCUAGAGCUGGCCUCAAAACUGUCAGCACAGGAGGAAGAAAGUUAUGCUGUGCAGAAGGGGGUGGAGGAGCUCCUGACGGAAGUGGAGUGGCAAAUAGUGAGGGCUGACCUCCUGCAGAAAGAGCUGGAGGAAACCAGGCAGCAAUCACACUGGGACUCCCUUCCAGAGGACAACCGCCUGGUUAGCAGCACGGAGGAGAUCUCUCCAUGGAGGAAGUUCAAGAAGUUCAUGACUCCAGACCGGUGGCGUGAAUUAAAGCAUCUGAAGAAGCUGGACCAAUCCCAGAGUAGUAAAGAUUCAUCGAAGAACGGUGCUGAGGAGAAGGAGCAGAAGGAGAUGGAGGUGCUCCGAAAGGAAGUGGAGCGCCAAACGUUAAGGGCUGACGGCCUCCAGAAAGAGCUGGAGGAAGUCAGGAAUGAGCUUUUGAGAACAAGCAACAAGAACCAACAAAGAGUUGAGAGCCUGACUGCAGAGAACAAGACUCUGGAGCAGGCGAUGAAGACCUUAGAGGAAGAGAUCUUCAGCCUGGACAUGCUAAACUCAAAGCAGCUGGAGUCUUUGAAGAUCCAGCUGCAAGACAAAACCAACAGCUGUCUUGAUCUGUCCAACAAACUUAUGUUGCAGGAGGAUGCUAACCUGACUCUGCAGAAGAAGGUGGAGGACCUCCAACAAGAAAUGGAUGUCAAAGUGUUGGUGGCUGACGACCUCCAGAAAGAGCUGGAGGAGGUCAGGAAUCAGCAUUUUGAGAGCACCAACAAGGACUGGAUGCUCAUUGAGAGGCUGACUGAAGAGAAUGACUCCCUGGAGCAGGGGAUGGGGGCCAUGAAGACAGAGGCCAUGCUGAUUGAAGAGCAGCUGGAAAGUUUAGAGAUCCAGCUGCAAGACAGGACAAGCAGCUGUCUAGAGCUGGCCUCAAAACUGUCAGCACAGGAGGAAGAAAGUUAUGCUGUGCAGAAGGUGGUGGAGGAGCUCCUGACGGAAGUGGAGUGGCAAAUAGUGAGGGCUGACCUCCUGCAGAAAGAGCUGGAGGAAACCAGGCAGCAAUCACACUGGGACACCCUUCCAGAGCACAACCGCCUGGUUAGCAGCACGGAGGAGAUCUCUCCAUGGAGGAAGUUCAAGAAGUUCAUGACUCCAGACCGGUGGCGUGAAUUAAAGCAUCUGAAGAAGCUGGACCAGUAA